CACUCAAGGCUGCCGGACCAUCAAGAGGCUUCAUCAUGAGCAGGAAGCACAGCAUGCAUCGGCAGUCGACCCCGGUCCGGUCAGGCGCCCAUGAGAGUUACCUCGGUCUCGUCGUCGUUCUCGCUCUGGAACAUCGCGUCUUCCGUCGAGCUUAAAAUAGAAGUCAUUUCAAACCAGUGACGACGAUGAGCAGCAGCAGCAAGCCGCAGCAGUCGGCGUCGAUGGAGGAGGUCGAACUCGAGAAGGGCGAGGAAGCGCGCGACGAGGCGGCGCCGUCGACGGCCAACACGGGCUACGAGAGCCGCGCCGCGAGUCGCUUCUGGUGGGUGCCCGACAUCAAGCUCGACCCGCGCGUGCCCGUCAAGACCACGAUCGUCGCCGUGACGCUGCUGACGGCCGGCGUCGGACUGCUUCUAUGGGGCAUCGUGCUCGCCGCCGAAGGCAAGGGCCUCGGCCACCUCUUCCUCGGCUUUAUGACGGCGACGCCCGGUGCGUAUGCGACUGUGCAGCUCUACGGCGCGUACCGAGGCUGGCGAGGCUACGCCUUCGAAAACAUCCCUUCCUACGACACCUCGAAUCCGUCUUAAUCUGUAGUACACACUUGCCCAUCUACGCUCUAUCCUCGC